CUGGGCGGGCUGGGGCGGGGCUUGGGCACCGCCCACCCCAGGCCCCUCGGGUUGCGCAGAAGACAAACAGCGCGCCUGUGUCCGGUCGAGAGGGUGGGCGCCAAUGGAGAACCAAGAACAUUCAGGCUCAUCUGCGUUUUCGGAUGGGCAUGACACGACAGAAAUAGCCGUUCCCCGCGAAGUCCAUCCGAAGCCCUUUGUAGUCAGGCUCCUCGACGUGCACAAGCUUGAGGAGCCGGAGGAACCCGAAGAACCCGAAGAACCCGAGGAGCCCGAGGAGCCAGAGAAACCCGAGGAGCAGGAGGAACCGGGGGAGGCCAACGAGCAGAUCACGCGAGACCGGGGCAUUGAGUUUUAUGGGUCCGAGGAGACAUCUGAACCCCACAAACCCUAUGAGCCCCACAAGCGCUAUGAGCCCCACAAGCGCUAUGAACCCCACGAACCCGACGAGCCCCACGAACUCUAUGAGCCCCAAGAGCCCCACGAAGCCUACGAGCCCCAUGCACUGCGCAAUCACAGUAAACGCCUGGGAUCCCGUAAGCCCCGGGGGCCCUCUGCUUCCCGCGAGACCCACAAGCCCCACAAAGCUGAGUUGCUUCCCAGCGCCGCCGUAGUGACCGCCCCUUCUCUGGUGACCAGAUUCCCGCCAAGGAUUCCGCUAUCUUGCCUGAGCGAUACUGGUCCCUUUGGCAUUGCAAGGAAAUGUUUUUUUUCUAGGAAGAGAAUCCAAGACCUUUCUAGGCCUAAAAAACAAUGGGGAACCCCAGAUAGAAAACUGUUUUGGGGGAAUCAAGAUCCUAUUCGCCCUGUUUCCCAGUUUGCUUUGAAGGCUCAGCUGACCAAAAGACUUGAGGACCUUGCCCAUCCCAAGGAAGUCUCCCACCGAUAUGUACCUAACAGGGCUCAAUAUUACUACAGCUGUGGUAGAGAGUCUAUAAUCUGGGAGAUCCCUUCUGCUGCACUGUUUAGCCAGCCAUCCAAAAGGAUCCAGAAGCUGGCACUGCCCAACAGAUUCAAGAAAGAAUAUCUAUUAAAUAGGCCCUACAGUGAUUACUUAACAAGAAAUUCUCAUCAAAUCUCUGAUCCUUCACCCCGUUUAUUACAACUGUCAAUAGCCAAAGCCAUAAAUCCAAACUAUGUUCCUCCAAAAAAGAUUGAAACCAAGAUUGCAACUUCUGCCCUGAGUGCUGUUGCAACUCCAAGAAUUAUAGACCUUGCCCAUCCAAGGAUCAAGAUAGAGGGUCUGUGCUUUGAAAGAGAAAGAUGUGAAAUGCCCAUCCGUCCUAUAUCCCGUGCUGCCUUGCUAACCAAACCUAGCCCUCGAAUAAUAGCUCUAGCUGAGGCCAAGCCUCUUCAUCAAGAUUAUCUACCUGUCCGUGAUGCCCAUUGGCCAGUAUCUUAUGCUGCUAUCCAUUACAAAAUAUCUCCCAGAAUUCAGGAACUAGCUAAUCCAAAUACAAGGUUGCAUUCUUUUUCCCCCAUUUCAGGUCUCCUGUGCAUAUUAUAUAUUACGAUCCAAAUGUCUUUAAAGUCAAGCCAGCUGCUCUGAAAACCCAGUGUUCUCCGAGGAUCCACGAGUUGGCAGAACCUCUUAUGCGUUAAGCACAGAAAGCCACGUCAGUCGCACUGUAGUUAUGUAUCUAGAAAACAUAUUAGGUGACUUAGUUCCCAUUUCUGAUCCUGUCAGUUUGUAUUCCCCAUCCCCUCAAAAACCAUGUGAGACCUCCAGAGAACACCACUGUGACCAUCGAUAGUAAUUCCUGCUGUUACCUGUAAUCAUGUCUUUAGCCGGUUUGGGGACUUGAGCACGCAAUAAAAGAGAAAAUGAGA